AUGGUGCUUCGUCGUCAGAGAACGACCAACAUGGAGCCAAAUUGGUGUGCUUGUUUUAUAUAUUGACUGCCAUAUAUUUUCUACAUUCAUAUCUGCUACUUGGUUAUUUUUCUUCUUUCACGUUAAGGGAAUUCCAUGCCCCUCUUAACCGUGUUUUUGUCACACCCUCUGUUUUGUGCAGGCAGCAAAGAUACUUGCGAAUUUGAUUGUAAUGGGCUCCUCAAUCCUGGGAAGAGCUGUUAUUCAAGCUUACAAAAAAGCACUCGACAGUAAUUCUCUGUCUUUUUCACUCUCUUUUCCUUCAGCAACUGAUAUAAUGAUCAAUCUCGGGGAGAAAACAGGUGAUAUGAUGAUCAUCCCAGCAGAAAGAAAAGCAAAACUUCUGUGUGAUGAACAGGAGAAAUAGUCAUAUGCAACCAUUAAAUCGAUUUGUGUAUAUCCCAAAAAUCAUCCAUGGAGAUAUUCACAAGGAGACGACAUUCCUAAGAAAAUAAAUAAAUUAAAAAAAGGAGAGGACAUGCAGAAAGCACCAGUUGGUGUUUGCAGAAAGAAAAUUACAUGUAACCUAAACAACUGAGAAAUGCCCCAUCUAUCUGUACACCCAUCUUAUCCAGUUCUCUUUUACAAUUCAUUUAGGUGCAAACUUGAUAAUUUAAGAUCAGUUUAGGUUCCAUUGAUGGUGCUGCAUUCUGUGGAGUUCCCCCGGAACAAGCCUUGAGGGGGAAGUUGCCAUUACCCUUCCUUCGAAUUGUUGUUUGAAGCACUAUUAAUUCUUUAGUUGGUCCAUUUAGGUCAGAGCACCUUUGGCCGUGGGGCUUGAGACCGGGGUCCCAUGGGUCAUGUGUAAGCAAACGGAUGUACCUGACCCAGUGGUGAGUUACCUCGCUAAUUUUCCACGGGUGGGCGACACGUGGCCUUCACGGGCAAGAAGAUGUCGACAUGAUGAUGAUGAUCAUGUAUUGAACGAUUGCUAAAAAGUUUCUUCAUUUCUCAACAUAUUAUUUCUUUGAAGCCUUUCUUGGUAUUAACAUUCUUAUGUGAGUUCAUUAUGUGUCUUCAUGUACUGAGGCUAGAAAAAGUAGUCAAUACAUUGUCAUGCUUUGGAUUGGGGUUUGUGAAAAAAAGUUGUAUCAUGGAGAUCAAAUUUUUUUUUGGCAAAACUCAGAAAUUAUCUGUUUAGGGAUUUGUCUGGAAACAGAUCAGUUGGAUAUAACCGUGCAUUACAAGUUAAAAUAAGGGAUUGAUUUUUGUAAGGUGGAUAGCAAUAACAAUAACUUUCUUGGAAAAGAGAACGUAAAUUUAUGGCUGAAGAUCCGGUGGACUUCUCUCCAUAAACUGUGCCUGCAUGAUGCAUUGGCACCAUCCUUGUAGUCAAUUGUAGUCCAUUGUUAGAUGGAAUGAUGAUGCCCUUUGCCAGCCGUUUCCAUAUUAUUGACUUCAAGGAAAGAAAGCCUGAAACCAGUUCAGGCCUACUAAAAAAUACGAAAGAUUUGACUGGAAUUUACAGAUCGACUCCUAUGAGAAUUUGCUCCACUGGAAUCAACCUACAUUUGGUUCAAGACAGGUUGGAAUAAGGUUGUACUAAAACCUGUAGAAUUAGACUAGUCACUAAAUCAUUGGUAAUGUAAUUGGAUUGUUGCAGAGAACAAGCAACACCUGUGAGCAUUAGGAAGGUGAAAACUAAUAGGGAUUCCAGGCUGACGAUUUUCGAAGGAGAAUGAGGAGAAACACGGCCAUUUAAGUUUUAAUGUGAUAGCUAGAAUGCUACUCUAAUGAAUUGUGGUAUAAGCUAUCAAGUUGCAUUAGUUACAUCAAAGUCCCUUGUUAGGGGAGAUCUGGUUUGUUCUGUAGUUGAGCAUUUUGACCGUGUAGAAGUUUCUUCUGAUACCUUCCAAAGUAAGUGAUAAUCUGGAUUGUAGCAUAAGGUGUCAGACUGAGACAUAAACAGGAGGGGAUGGAUUAGCGUUUCUGCAGUUUAUAGGCGUUUUGGCCAUCAUCUGUUCGUGGGAAGAUUAUGGAGGAAACUAUGUUUUUUUAGUGAAAGAAAUAUGACAUUGCUGGUUCUUUAGCUUCUUCUUUGCUGGAAGACUGAAAAUUUUAUUAGUUCUGGGAGAAGAAUGUACGGCUAGAAGAUUCUUCUUUUAAUCCACGAGGAGCUUAUUUUAGUGCUUUAAUAAUUUACUUGAGUUUUAGGUUUGAUAAUAAGGGGAAUGUGCUUUUGCUGAGUCUGAUGGCAAUUCCAUGUUUCCUAUUGGCAAGGUUACGGUCAUUUCAGCUUGAAAUUUUCGAUGGUCGGAGUCUGAUUCUUGGGCUAAUCCUCAUAAUUUGCCUAGCCAGCGUGAUGGGAAUCUUCAUGAGAAUUUUAGGUACUGGUUAAGAAUCGUGACCCUUGGAGUCUGCUUCCAGAUUCGCCUGUGUUUAUCCCGCACUGAAUGAUUUUCUGAAAAGAAAACGAAAAAAAAAAGGCUCAGCCACCCGUUAUUUUCAGGGAAGGUUGUCAUUUUGCGUUCGUGUCAUCUACAAAUCCUCCUCAGAACUCAAACCUUCGGGGGUCUUUGGACAUGCCGUCUUAGCUUCAUUGUGUGACGAUCAGCUUUCAACUUUUAGAUGCAGCGCCAAGGCUUGGAGCUUGGUCUGUUGGCCGUCUGUCGUACAUAGCGUAAAAGUGCCCUUUCCAGAUAUCCAUAGCCCCUGACGGUGUAAACUUGUUGAUGGCUGCGGUGGGUUGAUAUUUUUUUCUCCCCGGAUCGUCCUGUCAUGUUCCAGCAACACCUCAGUCAUUCCGGGAGCAUUUUUUGUCAUGUUAUACUGGGUAACAUGAGAACCAGCACACACCUGCGAUGUUUUUGAUUCUUUGGGCAUGGCGAGGACUUCGCGUCCCUUCUUGCUGUAAAGUCUGUUCGUGGCUUUUGCAUGCGGAGGCUCACCGGGGCUCCCUAACCUAUUGUUCCUGCAGAUGCGAAUAAAAGUGGCGUUGCCCAAGAGGCGGUGCAGAACAUCCGCAGAGCCAGCAAAGCUAUGACGGAGGCAGAAGCCAGGCAGAUCUUGGGCAUCACCGAGCAGACUCCCUGGGAAGACGUUCUCAAGGUCCGGCUCGCUGACCCUCCUCUAUGUUCCUGCGCUUCCAUACCCUGAUAAUCGGUGAGGUUCUCUGAGGAAGUUCGUGGGCGGCGGCAUGCAUGGCUCUGACUUCCGGUCUUUGCAGAGGUACGAUAACUUGUUCGAGAGGAACGCGAAGAAUGGGAGUUUCUACCUACAGUCGAAGGUCCACAGGGCCAAGGAGUGCCUGGAGGCCGUGUACCAGCUCCCCCAAGACGAGAGUCCACAGAGUUGA